UAUUGCCACAAAACAGAGUAGGUGCAGCCGGAAAAAAAGUUUUCAGAGGGUGCUACACCAUGAUCCACAGUUUAUUUUUGAUCAACACUUCCGGCGACAUAUUUUUGGAGAAACACUGGAAAAGCGUCAUCAGCCGCUCCGUCUGUGAUUACUUUUUUGAGGCUCAGGAGAAAGCCCUCAGCGUGGAGAAUGUCCCACCAGUUAUUCCCACCCCUCACCAUUAUCUCAUUAACAUCUAUCGGGAGAAAAUAUUUUUCGUGUCCGUCAUCCAGACAGAAGUGCCCCCUCUAUUUGUUAUCGAGUUCCUGCACCGGGUAGCGGAAAUGUUUCAGGAUUACUUCGGUGAUUGCUCAGAAGCCUCAAUCAAGGACAACGUGGUUAUCGUCUACGAGCUUCUAGAGGAGAUGCUGGACAAUGGCUUCCCUUUGGCCACAGAAUCCAACAUCCUGAAAGAACUCAUCAAACCUCCAACAAUUCUGCGGUCCAUGGUCAACACAAUAACAGGCAGCAGUAAUCUCGGAGACACUCUGCCCACGGGCCAGCUGUCCACCAUCCCAUGGAGAAGGGCGGGCGUGAAGUACACCAAUAACGAGGCCUACUUUGAUGUGGUGGAGGAAAUAGACGCCAUCCUGGACAAGUCGGGCACGACGGUGUUUGCAGAAAUCCAGGGUGUGAUAGACAGCUGUGUCAAGCUCUCCGGGAUGCCUGACCUCACGCUGUCUUUCAUGAACCCACGGCUCCUGGACGAUGUGAGCUUCCACCCCUGCGUUCGCUUCAAACGCUGGGAGGCGGAGCGAGUCCUCUCCUUCAUCCCCCCGGACGGCAACUUCCAGCUCAUGUCCUAUCACGUCAAUGCCCAAAACUUGGUGGCGAUCCCGGUGUACGUGAAGCAGAAUAUCAGCUUCUUCGAGACCGGCUCUUCAGGAAGGCUGGACAUCACCGUGGGCCCCAAGCAGACCAUGGGCAAGACGGUGGAAGCAGUCGUCGUCACAGCGCACAUGCCCAAAGUGGUGCUCAGUGCCAAUCUCGCGGCCACCCAGGGCACCUACACCUACGACCCCGUCACUAAGAUAUUAGUAUGGGACAUUGGCAAAAUCAACCCCCAGAAGCUGCCAAAUCUGAAAGGAAGCUUGAGCUUGCAGUCGGGUGCCCCAAAACCAGAGGAGAACCCCAGCCUCAUGAUCGAUUUCAAAAUCCAGCAGCUGGCCAUUUCAGGUCUGAAGGUCAAUCGGCUAGAUAUGUUCGGUGAGAAGUACAAACCAUUUAAAGGGGUCAAAUAUUUGACCAAAGCUGGGAAGUUUCAGGUCAGGACAUGAGUCUGAAAUUUUUCUAUGUGUAAAAUAAAAAAGGUAAAAAAAAAAAACAUGUUGUGCCAAAAAAAUAGAUAUUUUAAGCCCAUCUUUUAAGUUUCCAUAAAAUAUAAGGUGCCAUAAGAUGUCACGUCCACUGUGUGGUUCUGAAUGUUUGGGAAUACCUUUACACUUGUGUGUAAUAUCAAAAGGUAUGUUACAGAAUUUGAAUUGUUUUCAAACCUUACUUCAGGAACAGCCUUAAAGCAGUGUUGACAAAUUUGGGAUUUGUUUGAAUUUGUGCCAUAUUGGUCUUGAAAAUCUUUCAAAGGUUUAGCCUUAAAGUAAUUCACAACGCAAGACUGGAAAAUCAUAUUUGCAUCCUGAGAAUUCUUAAUCUAGUGGCACUUACAGAAUUAAUAAAGAAUCUUUUCCACACUUUAGGUGAUACACAUUUUAUACUGUACGUUGGCUUUAAAGCUAGACAUACAAUGUAUACUGUUUUUAAAGGAAGAUCUGGCUUUAGAUGGUUUACAAUGAUAGUCUAUUCCACACAAUGCAUUAAAAAGAAUUUCCAAUAGCAUUGUUACAUGACAGAGUUCUAGUAAGCCACACAUAUUGUCUGUGUUACAACUGUCUGCACGAUGAGCAAUUGACUAGGCAAACAGAUUGCUGCACCUGCAGGUUUUUUUAAUGAAAUCACUUAUUCUCACAUUUCCAAUGAGGGGCCAUUAGACAAAUCAACAUUUCCAGAAGCACAGUGUAUGAAUGUCCCCCCUUUUUUUAACUAAACCCUUUAAAAUAUUCUUUUAAAAAAAUGUAAUAACACAUUUGUACAAUCAAUGAAGAGACUUGCCUUCAAAAGCUGACUAGCUGUAGCUUGUGUUACUCACUUGAUCCUUAAUUUAAUAUACAAUUAUGCACAGAUUUUUUUAGCAUGCAGUUGUUGCCUUAGGUCAGUUUUGUUGGUCACAUGGCAGAGAAUAUUAUUGCCAACAGGCCUUUCUUCAAAAGCACAGGGCAGUUCUGUGCCAAGAGUACUCAAUCAGUUUGCUGUAGGAGAGCACUACAGUAGGAAGCUAUUAAUGCAUUGUCAAUGUGGACAUUUGUGCCUGUAUGCUGUGUGAUGUUUUACUGAGGAUGAGAAAAUACAGUGAUGAUUAUACUGGAACACACCAAGCCUGUGUUUGGGUGAGGCUGCAGUUUGAAGUUUCAUAAAUGCGCAGUCUGAGAGUCUGUGCGCCAGUUAAAGGUCACUUGUGUUCUGCUUUGUAAAAUGUGUGGGAGAAAUGAAUGGGGAAAUGCGUGAUUUAAAGGGAAUCGUUAACAUGUCCGGAAAUAAAUAUAAACAUUU